AUUGAUGAAUUCCCAACGAUCGGCAGGAUGAACCGUGCUGCUGAUUUAGAGCGCUGGUCGUGUACAAAAGAAUUCCGUUGAAUAUGUGCCGCGAUCAAAGUACUGACCCGCCGCCAUGGCUGAGAUGGCUCGCCGACGCCGACGCCGUGAACGCUCGAGCAAUCGCAUAUCAGAAGCAGCAGCACGCACUGAUGCACACAUGACGCGGCAGUCGCCACGCUAGACGCCGAACCGACUCCGAGCUCAGCCCGUCGUGCACCCGGCGGCAAUGGUCGUGCCGGCCGGCGUGGCCUACAACGCGGCCAUCUCCCGCUGCUCCCGGGCCGGCCUGCACCCGCGCGCGCUCGCGCUGCUCCACGAGAUGCGCGCCCGGGGCCACCACGCCGACGAGUACACCCUGCCGCCCGCCCUCAACUCCGCCGCGCUCCUCCGGCUCCCCGCCGACGCGCUCCACUGCCUCCUCCUCCGCGCGGGCCUCGCCGCGCACCUCCACGUCGCCAACGCGCUCGUCGACGCCUACGCCAAGCUGUCCCGCCACGGCGCCGCGCGGGCCGUGUUCGACGAAAUGCCGCGCCGCGACGUGGUCACCUGGACCUCCCUCCUCACGGGGCUCGCGCGCUCCCGCUCCCACGACCCGGCCCUGCGGGUCUACCGCGACAUGGUCGCCGCGGGCGUCGGCCCGGACGAGUUCGCCGUCGCGGCCGCGCUGAGCUCGUGCGCCGGGGCGACGGCGCUCGAGCUGGGCCGGUCGGUGCACGCCGCCGCGAUCCGGCUCGCGCUCGACCCGUUCCUCUCCGUCGGGAACUCGCUGGUCUCCAUGUACGCCAAGACCGGCUCGCUCGGCGAGGCCAAGAGGGUCUUCGACGCGAUGCGGGUCCGGUGCGACCCCAUCACGUGGACGGCGCUGAUCGUCGGGUACGCGCAGAACGGCCGGGGCAGGGAGUCGCUGGAGAUCUACGCGGAGAUGGUCCGGUCCGGGUGCCGGCCGGACUACGUGACCUUCAUCGGCCUUCUCUUCGCGUGCAGCCACGCCGGCCUGGUCGACGCCGGCCGGGCGCACUUCCGGUCCAUGCAGGCCGACCACGGCAUCGCGCCCGGGCCGGACCACUACGCGUGCAUGGUGGACCUGCUCGGCCGCGCCGGGCGGCUCGACGAGGCCAUGGACCUGCUGAACCGGAGCACGACGAGGCUGGACGCCACGGUCUGGAAGGCGCUGCUGGCCGCGUGCCGGACGCACCGGAACGCCGAGCUCGCCGAGCACGCCGCCGGGAUGGUCUGGAGGCUCGACCCCACGGACGCCGUGCCGUACGUCAUGCUGUCGAACCUGUACUCGCGGGCGGGGAGGUGGGGCGACGUGGCGAGGGUCCGGACGUCGAUGAAGGCGAGAGGGAUCACCAAGGAGCCCGGCUGCAGCUGGGUGGCGGCGAACGGCGUGACGCACCUGUUCUACGUGGAGGACCGAGGCCACCCGCGGGCGGCCGAGAUCUACCGGAAGGUGGAGGAGAUGACGGAGAGGAUCCGCGGCCAAGGGUACGUGGCGGACACCGCCUGGGCGCUGCAGGACGAGGGGCCGGAGGGGAGGGAGAAGGGCCUGGUGCACCACAGCGAGAGGCUCGCCGUCGCGUUCGGGCUGCUCGCCGUGCCCGCCGGCGCGCCCAUCCGCGUGUUCAAGAACCUCCGGGUGUGCGGCGACUGCCACGCCGCGAUCAAGAUGGUUGCCCAGGCGUACGGCAGGGAGAUCGUGCUGAGGGACGCCAACUGCUUCCAUCACAUGAAGGAUGGCGCGUGCUCGUGCGGCGACUACUGGUAGGUAGGUUCAGCCGGUGCACCGAUAAGCUUCAAGUCGAGCAUGAGCUAGCGCCAGCCAUGGACAGCAGUGGCGGCCUCUUUUUCGUUGACACCUGCAUUGUUUACAGUGGCGUAGCCACAUCAGAGCCACGCCCCAGACCAAGCUCGUUGCUACAGUAACAAACAGUACUAAACAGUUCUACUGAAGCAUCAAGCUGCUAACCUGGGGCCUAGCUACGCCGCUAGAGAAUUGUCUCGUUAAAUUGACCCGUGUAUAAUAUCUUGUUAAUAGCAUGCUAUAGCGUGUUAUAACACGUUAAGCAUAUUUUCAGGGGCGGCGUUAUUUUGUAUAGCGUGUUGUUUUUUUCCUUGUUUACAGCACACCACAUCACAUACACAUUAUGAUGAACUAAGCAUGAGACUUAGCAUGCAACUAAUCAAGUACUCCAUGCUUGUAUA